CUAGUUUCUACAAAUAACCCAGCAAAAAAUGUUCAAGGGUUGACUUUUGAAACAAACAAAAAAAGACAAAAAUAAAAGAAGCAAAACUAGUAACAUUGGUGUGAGAGAGCAGAUAUUGGAAUUUAUUCUCUCUGUUUUUCUCCACACACAGAUACACAAAUUAUGACUAAAUUACAUAUUAGGAAAGUAUAAAUUAAUGUUUCAAUCGAAUAUAUAUUCACAACCCAAAUUCACUUACACCUAGUGAGAUAGAGUAAGAAGCAAUUGAUGUGAUAGGAAAAAAUAAGAGAUAAAAUGAAAAAAAAAUGACAAAAAUAAGAUAGAUGAAAAAUGAAGUGUGAAUGAAUUAAAACGUUUGAUUAACAUCAAAUAAAAUAGCAAGCUGCGUGUUUCACAUGCCACUGCGAUCCAAGUACUUUUUUUUGUGGGGUAAUCAACCUCUUCAUGUUGCUGCAGAUCCAUUUUUGCCUAUAAGACACAUGACAUCUCUUCCUUGUGAUCCAAAUCCUCAAAAGAAAAAACCAUCCAUGGACUCUGCAUCACUUUCAUCCAAUGACAAGAAACCUCUUCAUAUUGUCAUGUUCCCAUGGCUAGCCAUGGGUCACAUGUUUCCCUGCUUCGAGGUUUCUAAGAUUCUUGCACAAAAGGGUCACCAUGUCACCCUCAUAUCCACUCCUUCAAUCAUAGAUCGCCUACCAAAACUCCCACAAACGUUAUCACCAUUUAUUACACUCACCAAAUUGCCUUUAUCAUCCCACAUAGACAAAAACCAUCUCCCACAUGAUGCAGAAUCCACCAUGGAUAUUCCUUCCAACAAGCUAUACUACCUCAAGUUAGCCUAUGAUGGUCUCCAAGAACAUGUAGCUGAGGUGCUCAAAACAUCAAAUCCUGACUGGGUUUUCUAUGAUUUUUCUGCUAGCUGGAUCCCACAUGUAGCAAAGAGCCUCAACAUUCCAUGUGCCUAUUUCAGUCCCUGCCCUGCAUGGAGCAUUUGCUUCUUUGACACCCCCACACAACAACUUGGUGAUGUUGCUGCAAAGAGAAUCAAUGCUGAAGAAUACUAUGGCCCUCCCCAGUGGGUUUCCUUUCCUACAAAGAUUGGUCUAAGACCUCAUGAGGUGAAGAAAUUGCUUGAAGACGUGAAACUCAAUGAAACAGGGGCUUCCCCUGUUUUUGAUCUGAACAGAGCAAACUCUGGUUGUGACAUGUUUGUUAUCAGAAGCUCCAGGGAUCUUGAACCAGAGUGGUUAGAUUAUCUGGCUGAAUUCUACAACAAGCCUGUGAUUCCUGUGGGGUUGCUUCCACCAUUAGUACAAGUAAGAGACUCUGAUGCUGAGGAAGAUAACAACCCUGAUUGGCUUCAAAUCAAAGCUUGGCUAGACACACAACAAGGGUCAUCAGUGGUGUACAUUGCAUUUGGGAGUGAGGUGAAUCUGAGCCAAGAAAACCUCAAUGAGUUGGCUCUUGGCAUUGAGCUUUCUGGGUUGCCUUUCUUCUGGGUUCUGAGGAAGGGCUCAGUGGAGUUACCUCAUGGAUUCGAGGAUCGGAUUAAGGAUCGUGGGGUUGUUUGGAAAUCUUGGGCACCCCAGCCUAAGAUCUUAGCUCAUGGCUCGGUUGGUGGUUGCUUGACUCACUGUGGUUCUGGUUCAAUGAUAGAAAAUCUCUAUUUUGGACAUGUUCUUGUUAUGCUGCCCUUCUUACUUGACCAAGCUUUGUAUUCCAGAGUAAUAGAAGAAAAGAAAGUGGGAAUUGAGAUACCAAGGAAUGAGCAAGAUGGGUCGUUUACAAGGAGUUCGGUUGCCAAGGCAUUGAGAUUAGCAAUGGUGGAUGAAGAGGGAGGUGCUUACAGGAAGAAUGCUAAAGAGAUGGGUAAGAAAUUCAGUAACAAGGAGCUGCAUAACCUAUACAUUGAAAACUUCAUUGCCUCCCUUCAAAAGAACAAGCACAUAUAAAGUAAACAUGUACAAGUUUUUCCAUAUCACCUAAUAAAAGAGUCAAUAUUGGUUUAUGCAACUGAAAUUGAGAUUUUUGGCUGAGAGAUUAAGGUUUCAGAGUGUUUUGGAGUAUUAGACUUGUUAGCUGUAGUUAGUUUGUUAACCAUUGAUCGGUUAAACUUGUAACUACACUUGGUUUGAGACAUGCUUCAAGAAAAUGUGGUUUCAUGAAUUUUCUUCUUCA